CUCUCAGACAUUGAGCGCGAACCGCCAUUAAACCAUAGAAGAAGAAGCGUCACUCACGCUCAAGUGUGUUUUGGCGAGAAGGAAAAUGGCGCCGACGAUUCAGACGCAGCCUCAACGAGAGGACGGCCACAGGCCAUCCUCUCACAGAACUGUACCUGAGAGGUCGGGAGUGGUCUGUCGAGUCAAGUACUGCAACAGCCUGCCGGAUAUUCCUUUUGACCCUAAAUUCAUCACAUAUCCAUUCGAUCAGCACAGGUUUGUACAGUACAAAGCUACGUCUCUGGAGAAGCAGCACAAGCAUGAGCUCCUGACCGAGCCGGACCUCGGUGUCACCAUUGAUCUCAUCAACCCUGACACAUACCGCGUAGACCCCAACAUAUACCUGGAUCCGGCUGAUGAAAAACUAUUGGAAGAGGAUAUCCAGGCACCAUCCAGUUCAAAAAGAUCCCAGCAGCACGCUAAAGUGGUGCCAUGGAUGAGAAAGACAGAAUAUAUUUCCACAGAGUUUAACAGAUAUGGUGUCUCCAACGAGAAAGUGGAAGUCAAGAUCGGAGUGUCCGUCAAACAGCAGUUCACUGAAGAGGAAAUCUACAAGGACAGAGACAGCCAAAUCUCUGCCAUUGAGAAGACAUUUGAAGAUGCACAAAAGCCGAUUUUACAGCACUACAGCAAACCCAGAGUUACUCCUGUCGAGGUUUUGCCUGCGUUCCCAGAUUUCAAGAUGUGGAUCAACCCAUGUGCUCAGGUCAUCUUUGACUCUGAUCCGGCUCCUAAAGACAUGUCAGGACCAGCAGGGGUGGAAAUGAUGUCACAAGCCAUGAUCAGAGGUAUGAUGGACGAGGAAGGAAACCAGUUCGUAGCCUACUUCCUGCCCAAUGAGGACACGAUUCGCAAGCGUAAGAGGGACUGUGAUGAGGGGCUGGAUUACAUGCCUGAGGAUCUGUACGAUUACAAGAUUGCCAGGGAGUACAACUGGAACGUGAAGAACAAAGCCAGCAAAGGUUACGAAGAGAACUACUUCUUCAUCUUCAGAGAUGCGGACGGUGUUUACUACAACGAGCUGGAAACAAGGGUGCGCCUGAGCAAGAGGAGAGCCAAGGCUGGCGCACAGUCCACCACCAAUGCUGUGCUGGUGUGUAAGCACAGAGACAUGAACGAGAAGGAACUGGAAGCACAGGACGCCCGUAAAGCUCAGCUUGAAAACCACGAGCCGGAGGAUGAAGAGGAAGACCUGGAUAAGGACAUGCAGGACUCUGGCGACGAUAAAGAGAAGGGUAGCGGCAGCGAGGCUGAAAAUUCCGGGAGUGAAUCUGACCAGGAGGAUGAAGACCAGUUGCCGAAGGCAGAAGACGAGGAAGAAGAGGAGAAUAAAGCGAAGAAGAGGAGGAGAUUGAGCGGCAGCGGAAGUGAGAGCGGUGAGGACAGGACGCGAGAGAUGCGAGACGAAGAGGAGAUCUUCGGCAGCGACGACGACAGCGGUGGCGACAACGAACCCAAGGACGCGGCCAGGAGCAGCGGCGAAGAGGGCAGCAGCAGCGAGGAGGAGGAAGGAGGAGGUCACAGGAGUCGCAGCGCCUCUCCGGCGCACAGCGAGCGCAGCAGCGAGCACUCCGAAGCGCAGGCUCAGAGUGGGAGUGGCAGCGAGAGAGUGUCCGACUCCAGCGAAGCCAGCGACAGCGAAUGAGCGCCAUGACGAUUCUUCACUACGGGUUUGUCAUUUCUUUAUCGCCACUAAUAAAAACAUGUGCGAGAGAUGCUCCUUAUUACUUUUGGACUUAAAGCAUCUCUCCUUUUUUUUAAUACAUCAUUUAUAUUUGUUGUCACCCGGUUGCUACGCGUUCGCCCAUUCCGAUAGUGUCGCUUUUUAAAUGAUGUCGUGGCGUUACGAAGAAUAAAAUGUGGCGUGGAGUCAUUUUUUGGAAAAGAA